AGCAGUAAGCACUCCUUUUUGGUAACCCCGAGGAGAUACAGAGGGCGCAUAAGAUAUAUAAGUGGACGGCAGCAAGCGAUCUUUAGUGACAGUGAAUAGGACCAUUAGUAGAAUAGCGACAGAGAGUGCAGAUUUGUGUCGAUUUAGCAGGUGCAUCCUGCGGAAAACAAUUAUUGCAUAGAACAAAAAGCAUUUCAAAUUAUACAACAUAGAUUUUUCACGGAACCGUGUGAGAGUGUUACAUUGUGAAUUAUAGUGAAGGAAGCAGACGGCCGAGUGCACUUUUGAAAUUAGUGUGUUUCUUUUUUUACAACGACUGCCAAUGCGACGUUGGGACUAUUUCUUUACUUCUUUUACAAUUAUCCUCCACUGAGAGGUUAACUCAAGUGCAUCUUCAUUCAGAUCCACUUAAAUCUCGCCACUUGUCAGCCCUGUUGAGACUACUGUUUGAAAAGUGGUAAAAACACCCUCGAGCAGCACGUUACUAGUGAAUAGAUUUAUGACGCGGAAAGUCUAUGAAUAAAUUUGAAAACCCGUAAGAUUUGUCGGAAUCGGGGCGCCGUCCGAGCAACUAGUUGGAAGUGGAUCCACUGUAACGUUCACAUUGCGCUGCAUAUACGGGCUGCGUAGGUGUUACCGCCAAAGAACAAACAAAAAAGCGGGAGGAGCUGCAAUAAAUUUUGUUGCCGAAGCUCAAUUGCAUCGUGAUAAACUACUGACGAAUUUAGUGAUCUACAGUGGGAGCUAUGGAGGUUAUGAAAAUGUCCGCUUGCAAGCUGCUGUUCGCAGUGGUGAUAUCUUGCAUCCUGCUCUGUUGUCACACUUCGAAUGCCGGUCCGGCACGCCAGUUGGCCAAUUUGGCCGUUCGAGCCUCAAAAAUUCCCCGUUCAAUAAGGGCACCGUUCCGCAACUCGGAAAUGAUGACAGCUAGAGGAUUUGGCAAGAGGCGUGUUCCGAUCGGGGACAACGUGGGUAGCGGAAGCAGCGGAACGGCCGACGAUGCACCUUGGAGCUACGAUAAGCGGGAAGCGCGGAAGCUUUUCGAACAACUUGUCGGUGAGACCGGCGAUUCAGUGCAACAGAUGAUCGGAGAACAGGAGAGUUUUCCACUGGAUUGGUUCGCCAACGAGAUGACUUCGAAUCCGGCCUUAGCUCGGACAAUUUUACAACGCUUUGUCGACACUAAUAAGGAUGGUCUGCUAACCAUGAAUGAGCUGAUCAGUUCCAGCGGAAGCGAGGGCAACGAACUGUUUUAAUGUAUUUCCCUUACCCUGUUGUUCUUUUCCCUCCUACCUACCACCGGAUACUCAACAAUUGUUCCGUCGUCGAUCCUUUAAUUCUUUCAAAAUAAUUGAGUAUAUUGCUUAAGGUGCUGGAAUGUCAGACGAAUGUUCUUGUAAUAUAUAGGCGUGAAUGUUACCUAUCCUACCAGUGCCGAUUUGUUGGUACAUUUAAUCAAUAAGAUAUUAGGAGCUCAUAGCUUUUGCGCCAACAAAACUAUUUAUUAGUGAUUUGACAUACCUUAUGGUGUACGUAGGGGUCUUUUAUAGUUCAGUUAUUGAAACAUAGUGCUGAAAACAAUAAUGAGUUCAAAUACAAGAAAAAUAUUGUCUAUUCUUGGGAGCCGUCAUGAAUAAUUUAACUGAUUGAAAGACAUCUUGGAAAUAGCCGAUUAAGGCUGGAUAUCGAGCUAUUUCUAAGAUUUCGACCGAGUUUCGCGGAUUCCCGGAAAAAAAUUAAUUGAAUUGUUCAAAUUCAAAACAAAACGAAUUAUUUAAGCACAAGAAAAAGUAAUCAGUUAACAUUGCACGAUGCACGCAAUGUUCACGCAAUUACAGUAAAAGAGAGAGAAUGCUACCUUAACAGAGAUAUCAGAUCAAGUACUGCAAUGUACAUACAUAAUUAAACAACAAAUAAAGUUAUAUUAUGCAAGGAAAUCUUACAAAACGCAAUUGAAAAUAAAAUACUAAUGCUAACGAAAAGCUG